GGGCAUUGUACGCAUGCGCCUUGCGCCUUUUGUAAUGUAAAACUUUAUUGCGCCUCUACAGUGACGUGUCCGCUGCGUCAGUUGCAGUGAGUCAGCUUUGAAGGGAAGCCAUGAGACUGCUCAGCACUCUGCUCUUGGUGGCUACCACUUACCCCCUGAUCAGUGCCACGCUCUCCAAGACUGACUCCAAGAAAGCUGCUUCCAAAGCACCUGAGACAAAGACUCGUCUGUCUGACACCUCAGUACAGUCCCGCGGGCUGGUUUCCACUGACGUCAAAGCCAAAGACAUUGUGCUGGAACACAGAAGUUACUGUGCCAAGAAGCUGAAGGAGAGGCACGUCUCUGCUGAUGUACUUGGAUAUGUCACGCCGUGGAACGGCCAUGGCUACGAUAUUGCCAAGACGUUUGCAGCUAAAUUCACCCUCAUCUCUUCAGUCUGGCUGCAAAUAAGGAGGAAAGGCAGAGAGGCCUAUCAGGUUACCGGGCUCCAUGAUGUAGAUCAAGGAUGGAUAAAGGACAUUAGGAAGACGUCCAAGAGCACUCAGAUUGUCCCGCGCAUCUUGUUUGACGGUUGGUCUUAUCAGGACUUUGAGAGUGUGUUCAACAGCGAAGAUGAGAUUGAAGAACUUGCCGGUGCUAUGGUGCAGACUGCAAAGGAUGAGCACUUUGACGGCUUCGUAGUGGAGGUUUGGAGUCAACUGGGCGGGCAAAAGCGGCAAGAGCUGGUUCACCUGCUGAUACACAUCGGGGAAGCCCUGCACUCGGCAAAGCUCCACUUUAUCCUUGUUAUCCCUCCUGCUGUAGCUCCAGGCACAGAUCAACUGGGCAUGUUUGGAAGGAAAGAGUUUGACCAGUUGGCUCCUGUUGUGGACAGCUUCAGCCUCAUGACUUAUGACUAUUCAAGUCCACAAAGACCUGGCCCUAAUUCACCUAUCUCCUGGGUACAAGCAUGUGUCCAGCUUCUGGAUCCUGAAUCCAAAUGGAGAAAGAAAAUCCUGCUGGGUUUACAUUUUUACGGAAUGGAUUACUCUGCGCUGGGUGCAACCGGUGAACCCAUCUUAGGAAACAGAUACGUUGAGAUCCUGAAGGAGCACAAGCCAAAGCUUCUGUGGGACCAGCAAAUAGCUGAACAUUACCUGGAAUAUAAAAAGAACAAAGGUGGGAAACAUGCUGUCUUUUACCCAACACUUAAGUCUAUACAAGUACGCCUGGAUCUUGCAGAAGAACUGGGCACGGGAAUAGCCAUCUGGGAGCUGGGCCAAGGCUUGGACUAUUUCUACGACCUUCUAUGAUUCCAAAAACGAGCUUUAUCUACCAGGGCAUCGGUGUUCAGCAUUUGUCUGGAAAUCAUGUGACAGAAAGGACCUUUAAAUCUUUUGGGUAAACGAUGCCAACCUCCAGAGUAACACUGAUAUGUGUUGCUGCCUUCUUUGGCAUUCAAGGAGUUAGUAUGGGCAAGGGAACUAGUGGUCGGACCUUGAUUAAUGGGUAUAAUUUGUUUGAGUCUGAAGAAGUAACCAUGUUUUCAUUUGAUUUUUAUUCCGCAGCAAAUUGGGUGGACUGUUUUUUUUCAUAAACCUGAUAUAUUAUUUUGCCUAUGCGUGACCAGCAAGCAAUAACUCUAUAUCUAUGUUGUGAAUUUUCUGCCGGAAUUAGGUUCCUGUCCAUACCAAAUGCCUUAGAACCUGACUCUAACCUCAGAUCUUGUGGUCCUAGCACUGGAGAAUUUGAAUGAGCUCCUUUCUAAUCUGAAAUUCACGAUCUUUCCGAAGGUUCAUUAAAAAUUAAACACA